CUAUAAUAUUUGUGCUCCAAAUUUUGUCUUCACCGCGCGGAACCAGCUUCAUUCACUUCAGCGACGGAAUCCUACAACGGUCCGACUGAGGUAUUCACUGUUUGGUUUCCAGGAAAAUGGUGGAAUCGAACCUGACUUAUGAGGAAUGCCGACGCCAGAGGUUGGAGGAGAAUAAGAAGAGGAUGGAAGAGCUUAAUCUGAACAAGCUUGCUGAUGCUUUCAAAUCUUCCAGUCCUAAAUCCUCUCCGACGAAACAGCUAAAGCGUCCUCGUCAGCCAUUCGAUGUCUCGUCCUUCUCUGUGAGAAGGUCUAGCCGUUUUGCCGAUAAGCCCCCUAUGAACUAUAAGGAGGUGCCCAUUGAACCACUUCCAGGUAUUAGAAGAAGUUAUCAAAGGAGAGAUUUGUUGAAUCGGAUUUAUGCUUCAGAUGAAGAAAGGCAAUAUGCUAUUGACAGAGCACUAGACCUUCAAUCAAGCCUGGAAUCUAAGUACCCCAGUUUUGUGAAGCCAAUGCUUCAAUCACAUGUUUCAGGAGGAUUUUGGCUGGGUCUUCCAGUUAGAUUUUGCAAGACACAUCUUCCCCAUGAGGAUGAAAUUCUAACUUUGGUGGACGAGGAUGAAAAUGAGUUCCAAACGAAGUACCUUGCCGACAAAACAGGUCUUAGUGGUGGUUGGAGAGGGUUUUCUAUUGAUCACCAGUUAGUAGAUGGGGAUGCUUUGGUGUUUCAGUUAACUAGCCCAACUGAAUUCAAGGUAUAUAUCAUCAGGACAUAUAAUUCAGUAGACAAAGAAGAUACCAAAGAGGGUUCUGACGCCACCCAAUUGGAAAGCAGUGGCAAAAAGAACACCAAAUCAUCAGGGCACAAAACCAGGGCAAAUAAUUCCGAGGAUAAAGGAGAUAUCGAUGAGGAUUCAGAUGUGUUUCAGUUGGAAAAAGGUGGUAAAAAGACUACUAGAUCAUCAAGGUGUAAAAGGAGCGCAAAUAAAUCUGAAGAUAAAUCAGAUACCGGCACGGAUUCCCACGACCCCCAGUUGGGAAAAACUGGCAAAAGAAUUACUAGAUCAUCAAGUAAAGGUUUCAUAUUUUUCUCAUUUAGACCUUCAAUUUUUAGUAUUAUCACAACAAUCUCUCAAUGCUUUGAAUUGGGUUGCGUAUGUCUGAAAAGAGUCUCAAACGAUUACUGAAUUUUAAUUUAUAAUUAGCUUCCACUUUUCAUUUCUCAUGUUCACUUGUAUUCUGUUCCUUUUUUCUGCUAGGGAAAAAGUAACUCAAUGUUUUCCUUCGCCGGAAAGUUUAUUAGAAGUAUCCCUAUCCAAGGCUGAAAUUUAGAGUUUUGAAGAUAUUUUGCAAGUCUUAGCUCUCUUUGGAAUGUUGUAAUUGUAAGGUGUAACAUCAAGAUAUGAUGAUAAUGACAUGACCCCCUAGUUCUGAUGAUCUGGAGCAACCUCUCUCUAUUGAGUUGUGGAUGGCCAAGAGUUUAUGCAA